AUGAUGAAUGCUCAGGAGUACAUCAAGGUCGCACAAUCUCUUCCUCCGCUCCUCCUGCGCUUCUUUGCCCGUUAUCCGCCGCCUUCUUCGGUCUUCAGCAAUGGCAUCCGCUCUACUAUUGUCUCUACCGCCCUUAAUACAUCUUCAUCAGACCCCAAUAGUAGUCAGAGCAAGACUUCGAACCUUGUGGGUACUUCGGACCUGCCUUAUCCGAACCCAUUCUCGCAAACGAGGCAUCCAGUCACUGGCAAAUUACAUGACCCGAAAUUUUCCCUUCGAAGACAAGCAGAUCUAGUCAAGCUCGCUCGAGCUCACGGCGUUGGGGACUUGCUACCGCCUACGAAAAAGUCUCCAGAAGUACGAUUGAAGCGAAGGGAGGAGCAAGGGUUAAGAGUGAGAGGCACUGGUGUAGGUCAAAGAGUAAAGGGUCACAAGUGGGAAAGGACUAUGAAGAAUCGCCUGGAAACAAGGAGGCAGGCUAUGGUGAAGAUGCCAGAGCUUGUAGAUCAGUGGAAACAGGUGAGGAUUCUACGAUUACUGUUAUUCAAUGGAAUUCGGACUGAUAUGUGA